UAAUCACAUACACUUGUAUGAAAAAUGCCUCGGACAAAGAAAAGUGAAGACAUAAAUGAACCAGAUCCAAAAUACCUUGCAUGGAUACUUGCCGCAAUUGCAAAAGUUCGCCAUCAAAAACAACGUCCCAAUGAAGAUAGGAUCACUCACAUCCUUGAGAUUACAUAUGGUGCCAACCCUGAUACUGUGGUUGAGCAACUUGAACUGUGUGUCAAAACAGGACAAAUUAUACGAGGAGAUUAAGGAAAGUCAUCUUAUAAGGAUCCAUCAGUUCAUGCUCCAGGAGGUGGUAGACUUCAUCGUAUGCCUUCAGAUUUGAAUAAAUGUAUAAAAAAAGCAAUUAAAAGCGAAGGUGAAGAAGGAUCAACUCUAGUUUCCAUUGAAAAGUACUUAAAAGAAAAUUUUGCUGAUAAAAUGGAAGCUGUGUCUGACCUUACAAUGGCAAUACGACAUGCAAUACAACGCGGCUUAAAGACCGGACGAUUUGUUAAAGAAGGUCGUUAUAUUAAAAUCUCCGAUAAAUAUCAGACACGUGAGAGGGCAUCAAGGCAACUGAAAUCUAGUUCACUUAGGGAGCGUUUGGAGAGGGAGAAACCUCGUGCUGAACCAAGUCCUUUAUGUGGGUUUUGUCUGGGAACUGCUGAGAAAAACAAAGAUGGAGUACCGGAAAUUUUAAUAUCUUGUGCUGACUGUGGAAAUAGCGGUCAUCCAACAUGCCUUAAAUACUCAACAGAAUUGACGGAAAAAAUACAGUCUGAAAGAUGGCAGUGUAUUGAAUGUAAAGUUUGUUCUGUCUGUAUGUCUGCUGGCAAUGCGGACAAUUUAUUGUUUUGCGAUGCAUGUGACAAAGGAUUCCAUAUGGAAUGUUUAUCUCCACCAAUGACAGAGAUGCCAUCCGGUUCAUGGAUUUGUUUUAUGUGCACAUCUCGACCUUCACCAAAGAAACGAAAAUCUGCUCUUACUACACCACCACGUAGAAAGAUUGAACAUACACCAAAUGAUUCUAAAGAAUACGGCGUAUGUCCUACGGAAGGUUGUGAUGGAAGUGGUCAUUCAUCUGGAAAGUUUACAACACAUAGAAGCCUUUUCGGUUGCCCAAUUGCACAGUCUUUGAAAAAGAAACAUCAUAUGAAUGAUUUCUCGCCGGAGACAACCGACGUCACACCAAAACGAAGAGUUGGUCGACCUCGUUCUUCUCCCAAGUCACCGUUACAUAAACGACCGCCACUCCCUCCUGGAGUUACAGAAGAAGAUUAUUUAUUGUUCAAAAAAGCCCAGGAAAGUGCAAGUAGUGAAUUGACAUCUCGUCCUGUUGCAGUCCCAGGCUCCAAUGCACGCUCACCACCUUACAUACAAUUUGGUCCGUACGAAAUAACAACUUGGUAUUCGUCACCAUAUCCUCAAGAAUAUGCACAGCUUCCUAAACUCUAUCUUUGUGAAUUUUGUUUGAAGUAUAUGAAAAGUAUGAGUAUAUUGCAACGACAUAAGACAAAAUGUGGAUGGUUUCACCCCCCUGCUAACGAGAUCUACCGACAUGAUGACAUAUCUGUGUUUGAAGUUGAUGGAGCAGUAAACAAGAUUUAUUGUCAGAAUUUGUGUCUUUUGGCGAAGUUGUUUUUGGAUCACAAAACUCUUUAUUACGAUGUUGAACCAUUUCUCUUUUACGUGCUCACGCAGAAUGACAGGAAAGGUUGCCAUCUCGUUGGAUAUUUUUCAAAGGAAAAAGCGUGUCAACAGAAAUACAAUCUUUCUUGCAUUAUGACGAUGCCUCAUUAUCAACGUCUUGGAUACGGUAGACUGCUGGUUGAUUUUAGCUAUCUAUUGUCAAGAAUUGAAGGACAAUCUGGCUCUCCUGAGAAACCUCUCUCAGAUCUGGGAUUAUUGACUUAUCGUAGUUACUGGAAAAGCGUUAUAUUGGAAUAUUUUUGUACACACAAAGAAUCUCAAGUAACUAUAAAAGAGAUAAGCAAAGCGACCGGUAUGGAUCCUCAUGAUAUUGCAGCAACGUUGCAACUUCUCAACAUGGUUAUUAAAAAAGAUGAAAAGAUAUUUAUUUGUUUGAAUCGAAGCUACAUCAACGAAUUUACUCAAAAGUUGGUUUCUCAAAAAAGGCUGGCGUUGGAUCCGGACCGAUUGCGGUGGACACCGCUGGUCCAUGCUACUGCGGUCGUUGCUGAACAAAGUUCCGAAAAAUUGCAGCAAGAAAAUUUUGCUACCCAAUCUGAUGGCGAAGAAAACGUCGAAGUUGAUGUCUCAGCAGAUAAAAUAUCUGAGCCCGCCUCUCCUGUUAACAAUGAAAUUUCCGUAGAUAGUAAAAGCCUUGAAGAACCGAUCGAAAAUGCAGAAUUUAGCAGCGAUGACGAAGAGGUUCUUCCGCCUAGAAAGCGAUUGCGAAAGAAAAUAGACGAGAGCGAGUCUGAAGUGGAGGAAACAAGUGUGAAUAUUAUUGAUGAAAUUAAAGAUAAUGAAGAGAUUAAGAAUGAUGAGGAACCACCGGAAAAGAAUUUGCUGCCAAAAACAACAAAUGUCUCGCCUAAAAUGGAGGAGGAAAUAACAGGAGAAGAGAAUGGUGACAUGAAAAGUAGAAGUAGUUCUGUUCACAGUAACGAAAGUGGUGAUGAUUCAUCAUCAGAUGAUAGUGAUAAUGAGUCAUCUAGUUCCUCGUCAACAUCAACUUCUGAUUCUUCUUCGAGCAGUGACGAAGGUGAUACGAAAUCUUCACGACCAAAAGAAAGUCCUCUUUUUGACACUUUCCGAAAGUCUAUAAAACCAUCAAACGAUCCCGUUCUGCCUGGCGUUAAGGAUCCCACAUCGGAUCUCAGUAUUCCUGUUGGCCCAGUGGAGGCAAAUGGAGAUUUUGAUUUACCUGUUCAAGGAGAAUUUGAUCUUGUAGAUGGCUCAUUUCUUCCUGGUUUUCUUGACGGAGAUAUCAAUAUUAGCACUGGAGAAGAUCUUACCAGUGAUAGCUUGCUACAGGAAGUUCAAAAUGCUUAUUAUGAUGAAACCACAGAAAAUGAUGAAAAGGGUUUGGAUUAAAGUUUUAAUCAUAAGUCUUGUAAAGAUAAUGUUGUACUGUAUUUUAAUAUACGUUUUCUGCAACUGUCGAUGGUUUCGAAAUAUACGUUUUUAGUUGACAAUAAUUUAUUCAAACUUCUCUUCUAGGCCUUUAAUCCACGAAGUUAUAUUAAUUAUGUUUUCUUAUCUAUCCGAAGCACGAUUCAUCUUUUUUACAUAUUUUCAUGCAACUUUGUGUUCUCUUAGUUUACUUUUUGUUUUAACCAAAAUUCGAUUUGUUUUAA